AUGGCCCCUUCAGCCAUUACGCAAUCACUCGCCACUCUCCUCCCUACAUACGCAAGUAAACUCCCUCCUCAACUAACCCACCUCGCCGAAUCACUCCUCGCUCAAUCGCACCAGCGCGCCUCGCACCUCAAACCCGAAGAAGAAAUAGCCCGCGCGUACGCAUGCAGCGAAAUCGCCUGCAAACGGCUCCGCGCGCAAUGCCGUCUCCCAGCACCCAAAAGCUCCAGUGCCCCGUGCAAACCAACGGUCUACAAGAAACUCCUCACAUUUCUCGAACGAGUACUUGACGAAGAUUCGGCGCAAACACCGAAAUCCACACCGGGUGGUAGAAAGAGGACGGCAAAUGGACAAGUCAAGGACAGCCCUGCUCUGUCCUCCGAACCAAGCACACCGUCCAAGACAAGACGCAAUCCAAACUCCGGCUUCAUAGGCAAGAUCAAAGCAAGACCCAACAAACCCGGGUCCUCAAACAAGGAAGCGCCAUCAUGGCUGAUGCCCUCGAUCCGCAAACUGUGCCGUCUGUUCUCGACACCGCUACUCGCUCCGCACGUCUACACAGGGACCUGCGUCAUCCUCCGUCGAACAGGCAUGUGGCCACGGCCCGAAGACACGGAUACCGCCCCGGAAGAUGAGGAUGGGGAGUUCAAACAAGAUGCCACUGGGCUGAUGGUAGCAUUGUACCUCAUGACCCUGACGCGCAUGAAGACCGGCAAAAUGACCACGAGUGUGUACAAGUCCACGUGUUCGCGAGCGGUGGCUGAGAUCGAAUACGCCGCCGGCACGGAAGGGGUCGAAGCCUGGAUCCGCCGCAUCAACCGUGAAGGAUACUGUGGCCAGCAGGACUGGUGGGUCAGCGUUCCCGAGGGCGUGUUUUCCUUUGACCCGACCAAAUCUGCGGCGGACAGGGACGAUGACCAAGGUGAUACCGUUGAAGCUGAAGCUCAAGCUGAAGACGAAGAGGACGUCCUGGUGUCCAGAAGCAGUCGACUGCGACCGCGACCAGGCCCAGGGAAAUCUGCAGCAGCCGCUGAAGACGACGAGGAAGAAGAUCCCAAAGGCGUACUUCUUCCCGGCCUGCACACGAUGAUGCAGGACGCAGUGGACUUCCUCAGCGAAGAGCGGACCAGAGAGUAUACGGCUUGGAAAAAGGCAUUGCUGAGAAAACUAGAUAGAUUGGACAGGGUUCCCGCCGGAGGAGGAGCAGGAGGAGCGAAGGCGCUUGCUGUACAAUGA